GAGGAUGCUCGGGAAGAUUCGACCAUGGAACCAGGGGGAAAAAAGGCCACCCACGUGUGCCAGUCUCAACCCAAGUUCCCCGAGGUGGUCGAAGAGCCGCUGAGAAAGCGCUGCGCCUCGCGGACACCUUCCCAGCCCCCCAGCCCGGCGUCGCCUCCGAGUCCUGAAGAUGAUGACAGGAAGGUCCGAAGGAGAGAGAAAAACCGAGUUGCUGCUCAGAGAAGCCGGAAGAAGCAGACCCAAAAGGCUGACAAGCUCCAUGAGGAGUACGAGUGUCUGGAGCAGGAGAACACGGUGCUGAGGAGGGAGAUCGGGAAGCUGACGGAGGAGCUGAAGCACCUGAGCGAGGAGCUGAAGGAGCACGAGAAGAUGUGCCCCCUGCUGCUCUGCCCCAUGAACUUUGUGUCGCUGCCUCGGCCUGACCCUGUAGCCGGCUGCCUGCCCCGGUGAAGCCCAGGGACCGCCUCCUCUGUGUGGCCAGGAGCCGCGGAUC